CUCCUCCGAGGGAUCAGGAGUAGACUAAGUCAAACUUCCAGCAGCUUGAGAUUUGUGCGCAACCUUUCAAGGAUUGAAGCCGUCAAGAACUGAAGAUGAGGGAAUGAAAACAUGGGAUCUAAUCUCAGUAAAGUCAAGAAGAGUCUAACACACUAAGCAGACAGGGGUCUUCAAUGAUGUUGCGAUGUGCCAGCUGCUGUCUUCGCCUGUCCUCUUCUACUCAGAACUGAUGCCCAGAUGGUGUGCCCCUCCAUGUGUGGUCCAGUUCAGCUCAACCUGACCGUUUCAUGGGCCUCAAACCAACCCAAGCAUCCACGGCCACUGCCUGACUCAACCCCACUCCGCACUGUGCUGUUCAUUUGUAACCCCUCACCCCUAACCUUAACCCUUAGCCCUUCACUUCCCACCAUCUCACUCUCUGUCACGCUUCUUUUUGCAUUCUGACAAUCCCAGCCUUCCGUGAGCACAACAUGGUGGCCCGCAUUCCCUUUCUUGUUUUGGUCAUGAUGUGUCAAGGAGUUUUGCUCUCAGACCCACCUCAGUCACGUCGGGAGAUCCGCAUCGAGGGUGACCUGGUACUGGGCGGCCUGUUCCCAGUGCAUGAAAAAGGAGCUGGGAUGGAGGAAUGUGGGCGUGUGAAUGAGGACAGAGGAAUCCAGAGGCUAGAGGCCAUGCUGUUUGCCAUAGAUAGAAUCAACACAGACAACACUUUGCUGCCAGGGGUCUCCCUUGGGGUCCACAUUCUUGACACCUGCUCCAGAGAUACCUAUGCACUUGAACAGGCUCUGGAGUUCGUAAGAGCCUCACUCACCAAGGUGGAUGACACAGAGUUCAUCUGUCCAGAUGGAUCAUAUGCUUUGCAGGAUGACAGCCCGCUUGCUAUCGCAGGAGUCAUAGGAGGAUCCUUUAGUAGUGUCUCUAUACAGGUUGCCAAUCUUCUCAGGCUCUUCCAGAUCCCUCAGAUAAGCUAUGCUUCAACGAGUGCCAAACUCAGCGAUAAGACGCGGUACGAUUACUUUGCCCGCACCGUGCCCCCUGAUUUCUACCAGGCCAAAGCCAUGGCUGAAAUCCUGCGGUUCUUCAACUGGACAUAUGUGUCCACUGUCGCAUCGGAGGGAGAUUAUGGGGAAACUGGAAUUGAGGCAUUUGAACAAGAGGCACGCAUGAGGAACAUCUGUAUUGCCACUUCAGAGAAGGUGGGACGGUCUAACGCCAAGAAGUCCUAUGAAGCUGUGAUCCGUCAGCUCCUUCAGAAGCCAAAUGCCCGUGUGGCUGUUCUUUUCCUGCGUAGUGACGAUGCCAGAGAGCUGCUGGCAGCUGCUGCCAGGCUCAACACCUCCUUCAUAUGGGUGGCCAGCGAUGGCUGGGGUGCGCAGGAAAGCAUUGUCAAGGGAAAUGAGGUCACUGCUGAAGGAGCCAUCACGCUUGAAUUAGCAGCCAAUCCCAUACCAGAAUUCAACCGCUACUUCCUCAGUCUGAACCCUGUCAAAAACCAUCGUAAUCCCUGGUUCAAGGAAUUCUGGGAGCAGCGGUUCCAGUGCUCUCUGGGAGCAGGAGGGGGAGGUGUGGGAUUGGGAGAGACACCUCCCCCACCAUGUGAUAAGGACUUGUUAAUGGACAAGAAUAACUUUGAACCAGAGUCCAAGAUCAUGUUUGUGGUGAAUGCAGUGUAUGCCAUGGCUUACGCCCUCCAUAACAUGCAACGUAGUUUAUGCUUCAACACCACCAAGCUGUGUGACAGCAUGAAGGCCUUGGAUGGGCGCAGACUCUACAGGGAUUACAUCCUUAAUGUCAGCUUUGCAGCCCCAUUUUCUCCUUCAGGCAGUGAGACAGUAGUGAAGUUUGAUCCCCAGGGGGAUGGCAUGGGCCGAUACAACAUCUUCAGUUAUCAGCACUCUGGCGAUCGUUAUGGUUACGUGCCAGUAGGUGAAUGGGCAGAGAGUCUAAGUCUGAGCAGUGAUUUAAUUCACUGGCCAAGAGAAGUAGUGCCCACC